AUGGAAGUGCAGGCUCUCUGUGGGUAUGCAGUCUUGGCGAAUUUAUUGACAAUUGAUGCACCACACCCGCAUCCCUUCAAGACAUGUUUCUUAUCACAUUACGAGGACAUAAAUGAGCAUUAUCGAAGCGAAGAGAGAAAUGAGACCGCAAGUUAUAGGAUAUUUGUCAUGAUCAAUUGUGGGGGAGACAGAAAUAUGAAAAAGCUAUUCCACCUUACAGCAUCACCGGAUUUAAAAGUAUACAUAUUUGAUAGCAAAAGAUCCUGGCAUCAAAAAAAUAUCGACGAAGAUAAUAAACAGGUAAUCUUAGUUGACAACUCAAUAACAGAUGAUAAUACCCGUGGCCGUCCGGUCUCAUGCCAAUUCUACGAAAUUGCUUUCCAAAACGGUACACGGAUUGAAUCUGAACAACGAUUAUGGUGGGCAGUAAUUGGAUUGACUAGCGCGUUUUUGAAUAAAGAGAUAAAAGAUGAAGUCUAUAAGGCGUACACGAAGCUCUAUGUGGAAGAAAUCCGGAGAAUCGGAGAAACGUUACCGAACGGAAUUCGUUUGGCUGUUCAAGAAGAAUAUCCUUUGAGGUACGCAUUAUUAAAUAAAUGGACACUGUAUGAAAGUAUGCAAAACUCGGAGAGCGUGUUUAGUGCUUUGGGAGUUCAUUUGGAGGAUCAUCCGAGGAAAGACGAAGGUCGCGAGAUGAAAACUACUACCAGAUUAGGAAAACUGCUUACAAAGCUUGGUAUUGCUAAGAAAUGGUGGUUCGAACCAUAUUAUUUUAUACCGAGUGAAACACGUCAGAAAUUCUUUGCUGAGCUGGAUAAGUACCGGGAUGACGUUAAACUCGAAGAUACUUCAUUUCAAUCCUUUAUGUGGAAGUUUCAUUCGUCCGGUUCGCUAACCGCUAGCGAGGCUGUCUUUGCUUUGACAGCAUUAAUAGAAGCAGGACCAUAUGUUGCCGAUGAUUUGGGAGCUAGAGAUGCAUAUCCGAGAACUCCAGCAGGUGGCUCAUCAAAUGGUGCAUAUUUUUCUGAGAAAGAUGGUUGGGAUUUGGAACGAGCCAAGGUAAUGCUAAGAUGUGAAAUGGCAUUGGGAGAUACAGAGACUGCUAUGAUAAUGUCCAAAGGUAUUGAAUUAUACAAGAAAUUGAUAGAAAUUAUCAUGACUCAGGCGACUGUCUGUAUAAAGAGGCUCACUACAGACUCCCUAAUAAAGAGGAGAGGUUGGGUUGAGAUUGAUAAUAGCGUACAUGUGACAUUUACUAAACCUGGACCACUAGCUAAGCUUGCAUAUAUCGUAACUGAUAACGUGAAGAACUCUCGCCGUAUAUUAGUGUUUGUUGCAAGAGGAGCAUCCGAUGACAGAGCGCUAAUUUCUAUUGGAUAUAGAAGUGCUCAAUUUGAGGCUCUCGCGAUAGAGAGAGAUCUUGGGUUUAAGACAUUUGAUCGUAGAGUUAUAGAGAUGUACUCUAAAGAAGUUGAAAACUUCAUCAGACAUUUCAGGCGGAGAUCAACAGGACAUGAUUGA